AUGACCAUCCUACAGUUGCUUUCUACUUCUGCAAUAAAUGCUGCUUCCCAAAUGCAUGUAGAUGCUUUAUCAAGAAAUGGAAGUGAAGGGAAAGCUCUCUUAACAUGGAAAGCCAGUCUUGAUAGUCAUAGCCAAUCCCAGUUGUCAUCCUGCCCUAAAGAGCUUAUGUUUCUCACAUCCCUUGUUGAACUCGUUUUGGAACUGAAUGAGUUUACAGGAUCAAUUCCUACCUCUAUUGGAAAUCUGACCAACCUAACCAUUCUAGCCAACAAUCUUUCAGGAAGUAUUCUUUCAAGAAUUAGAAACUUGACAAAACUCAAUCUCCUUUCUUUUGCGAUUAACCAGCUAUCAGGUCCCCUUCCAGAAGAGAUUGGAAAACUCCAAUCACUCGUCGAACUCUCUUUUACUGAGAACAUGCUCACCGGGCUCAUUCCACAGUCUAUUAGAAACUUAGAAAACUUGACUUUGCUCUAUCUUUUCGAUAAUUAUCUAUCUGGACCUAUCCCCGAAGAGAUUGGAAAACUCAUAUUUCUAGAGACUCUUCAGCUGUAUAAUAACAAUCUCAUAGGGAAGAUUCCUGAUUCUAUUGCUAAAUUGGAAAAGUUAACUUCUUUAUCCCUUUAUGGAAACAAUGUCACAGGGCAUAUUCGUUCAGCCAUUAGAAAUUUAACAAGAUUAACUGAACUGAUACUUUAUAAAAACAACUUACAUGGCGCUCUCCCUCCUGAAUCCUGA